AAUCAUCCAGUUUCAAUAUUUUGCGCGAUUAUAUUUUUCGAGUGACAAUGGACGAUUAUAUUACGAACUAAGACUUUCUCUUUGUUAAUUUAGUUAAUUAUCGAUGUUUAUAACAACCAAAUUGAAUACUGACACUUUUGCGAAAGAACGGACCUAUACAGUCCAUGAUGUCACUUGGGUGGGACAGCCUGCCACUUCUUCCACUUAGGUGCAUACUCCAGCAUCUUAGCACGGAGGAUGCUCUGGCGGCCAUGUCGACUUGCCGGCACUGGCGCAAUGCCCUUUUGCUGUAUGAGGGACAUAAGAAAACUUUGAAGUUGAAAGUGAAUUACCUAGAAAGGAAUAUGUUCCUCGCGAGACUGUUUAGAAAAAACAUUGAACAGCUUCAUAUCUAUCUGGAGUGCACCGAGGGACAAUUGGAGAAAUUCCAAGAUUACGUGCUGCCACAGUUUUUUGAUGCAGUGAAGCUCCAAGAAAUAAUAUUCAUAGGGCCAAGUUAUAUGCGGCUAAGUCAAUAUGUACCCUUUAAGUUAAAACGAAUAAUAACGGAAAGUCUAGUCUUCAAACACAUACACAGCCUGAAGAAACUGGCAUUUAUUGGCUGCAAUGUGGCCGCAGUGACGGACGAAAGCGAAAGAUAUACACACAGACACGUCGAACAUUACUCUCGACCAUUGUUGUUCAGCAGUUCUCCGGCAGACGCCAUUUUGGCCAGGAGCAAUGUGGACGCCAUGUUGUUUUCCUCAUUACAACACAUAAUCGUGGAGUAUGACCAAGUGACAACAGAGGCGAUCGAGUCUCUCGCGCGACUCAACUCGUUGCGCAACUUAUCGCUCAACUUAAUUGGCGAACGUAACUUGACCCUGCGGCCGAUACGCUGGCAUAGGAUCAGAGAGGUCUUUGGUGGUCGGUUGAACGUCGCCGUUAAUAUUAUAUCCUUGCCAUCAAAAAAGUUUAAAGACGUGAUAGAAAAUGUUCUAGUCGAAGGAUUACCUUUAGUUUCGCUGAAGGUUUUAUAUUGUAAAAUGAUAAGCGUUCCUGUGUUGGAGCACCUAGUCCAGGUGUUCAGGGGAUGCUUACAGGAGCUGGUGUGGGCGGACUGCCCCGCCAACACCGAGCAGAGGACUUUCGUCAAGGGGUGGCAUAAUGUGACGUGUGAAGUGAAUCCGUUCAUAAUGUUGUGCUGGCAAUGCACAAGUCUCCGGAGGCUGGCCGUGCACGGCUACUGGUUCUGGCAGUACGACGUCGUGGGGUUCGUCCGAAUGUGCAGUUCCCUCAGGAUCCUGGAGAUAUCGUCCGUGUACGACCGCCCCGAGCGGCUCUCCGUCAGCCAGUACGGGACUUCCGCUCUGCGGGUGCUGGUCGGGGAUUUACAUCUCAACCCCGAUAUGAAAUAUAUCAAUCAAGUGAACGAGUACGCGAACUUCAAAUACCAGCCUCUAUCCUGGUCGUCGCUUCCCGCGGGACUCCGCGCCCGCGCCUCGGCCCGGAAGCGAACCGAAUACAUCCUGCAGGAAGUGGCCUCGACGGGCGUCACGUAAGUGGAGGGGGAGUAUCGCGCGGGGGAUUGGGGUCAGAAGGGGGAUUGGUGGCAGCGGUGGGAUAGCGGCGAGCGGUGUACUCUUGCCCAUUUUUAUUUUUCUCCUUUAGAUACGUAACCAGGGUAAAACUAGGUUUCGAUAAAUUUGUGUUACAUUUUUUACGGUGAGAUAUUUAAAUCCGCAAUUCUCAAACUCCGCAUUGAUUGUGUGUCGAUGUGGAUAAGUAGAUGUAUGGAAGAAUUCGAAUAAUACACAUGUGAGGACGAUAAUAUUUGCAAUAAUUUUAUACCCUGGUUAGGACAAAUCUUAAACAUUUCAACAGUAUGUCUAACUAUAACUUCUCUCUUGUUUAUAAUUUUGUCUAGCAUAUUAUCUUAUUCGCCAGAGUACAAAGCGAGCCGACAAAAUAUCAACAACAUAUUAUUAGUUGAGUAUUUAAGUACUUGUAUUUUUUUAAAUAUUGAAGUAAAAGUCACAAAAUAGACUUCUAGCGUUGACCGCUGAUUAUACUAUAGUCUUCUUGAUGAUUGAAAUUUCAUGCCAAAACUGUGAUAAAGGAAUGACUUCACCAAAUAUUAUAAUUAUGUCACCUUAGAAUUUUAAAACUAAGAAAAAUCAACAAGGUGAAUUAUCAAUUGAGCAUAGGAAAUAUUAUUUAUUACGGUGAAAAUACAGAUGUAGUAAUGUGUUUUGCUACAUAGCUUGCAUUAACAUGAGGGUAAGGCAGAGACUAUAUGUUUCCAAUUAAAAGGAAGAUUGCGUUAUUAAAAAAAACAUAUAUUUUUGUAUAAAUAUAAGUACUUAUAGAUUCAACAAUUGUUCUUCCAUCAUUUGUAAGAUCUUUCUUCAAGAAGGUCGACACAAAAAUCGAUUUUGACAAAAACGUCGACGAAACCGUAUUAUAUUGACUUUGAUGACGUUUUAUAUAAAAUUAUAGUGUCAAAAUUAUCACGCUAUAUAAAAUAUGAAUAUGUACUUAUAUAUAUGAAUAUAAUCGUAAGGAUAGUCAUUUAGUGCAGUGGUGGCAGCCAAGUUCUGGAUAUUUAUGGUUUUAAUGUUUUAAACAUUAUUUACGUUUGUCCAAGACUGUAUUUUUACGAUUAUAUUCAAUUUUUGUCAUUUUAUCAGCCUAGUGAAAUAUAUGACAUCGCAUAUAAAGCAUUACAUGCUUUAAUCGGAUAUAAAUGUAUGCAAUAAUAUUUUAAAAUAUUUGCAAUAACCACACUAAAAUGUGACUGUUGCGGAAUGAGCAAUAAGAAAAUUACAUCGAUUGUUGAAACAUAUUGCAAAUAUUAUAAAAAAUUUAAGCCAGUUUCAGAAAAUUUUUUGAUCAAACUCUGAAACUAUAAGCUUAUAACAUCAUUGAUGAUAUUAAUAAUCUACUAUUAUAAAUAUUAAAUUACAUCUAAAUUUAGAGAAAAUGAAAAACUUGCAUCUGUUCUUUGUAGUAAUUCUUUUUUAAUGGGAUAAAUUAAAUAUACAUAAAAUUAAAUUUCCAAAUAUUCUUCGUGAAAUAUUAUAUCUUCGCAAAUCUUAAUAAGGAGAAUCAAAUAUUUCAAUUGGGAAAUAUUUAUAGUACUCGAAUAUAUUCUAUAGCGCUGAGCAGAUGCAAAUAGAAUAUUUAAGUAGUUCAUAAAUCUACAUAAUAUUUACACAGGUUGCAGGACAGUAUAACAGUGUUGUAAAAUUAAAAUAAAACAUUGCAAGGAUUUCUUUAGCACCGAACAUUUUAAAUUUGUACAAAAUCGAAUGCCCAAUGUUAGUGGUAGGCAACCUGUGUAAAUAUCUUAGAUUUACAUUUGCGCAAUGAUUUCUUUUAAUACGCAAUAAUUUAGAUUUAAUAAGAAUAUAUUCAACAUAAUUCUCCUAUUUUAUAGUUGUUAAUUUCUUAUUGAGACAUAAAUGGUUAAAUUAUAAUGCGUAUUAUCUAAGUGGUAUUGGGUUCUAGAUAUGUAAUUCUUAAAUAAUAUUAAAGUACACAAAUAUUAUUCAUUCCAUUUAAAUGUGAUCAAAAAUAAAUAUGAAAUUUCUCAAAUUAAUCUGAUUAAAUUUAAUUCGCUAAAAAUUAUAUAUAGUUGAUCACGCGUGGGAAUCAGCAAUCGAUGGCCUAAAGUUAUUUUAUAUUUGUUGCAAUUUGAACGUUGUAUUUUGACCUAAAGUUUUAAUAUUUGUACAACCUUUAAAAAGAAUCUGAGCAAUUGGUAAAGUUCCUGACUCAUGCGUUUUCAAAACACAUUAAGUUUAUUUACAAUUCAAAAAUACAUAAAUAUUUAUAUCGAAAUAACAUAUUGAAUCUAAUAUUUUCAUCUAGAUGUUUUAUCACGCGUUUGUAAAUAGCUUAAAAAUGUUUUCUCUAUAAAACAAAUGUAUAUAAUUAAAAAAAAAAGAGCAAAACAAAGAAAACUCGCACCAAAAUAUAAUAACGUGUUAUGUAGCCCACCUUACAAAAACUAACAUCGCUUGAUCCGCAGGUGGAAUAAGACGUAGCAUAGAGAAACGCCGAAUAAUAUGUUUACUGGCAACAUUUCUCAAGUCGCGAAUUUAUCAUGUAGUUGUAAUAAAUGCAAUGUUACUUUUGUACCUAAAUCAAUGAAAGACUGACGUCGGACACUUUACUAUUAUAUGAUAACAUUUUGAUAAAAUUACAGAUCUUUCAUCAUCGACAAUAAAUAAACUAAUAAUACUUUAUUUCAUACUGAACUAAAUUUUAAUUUUGAUAACUGAUUUUAAACUUUUGCUUAUAAUUAGUGUGAUUUUGAUUAUUGAACAUAUGUAUUUUGGGGAAACAAACCUUGUGAAUAUUUUAGUUUGCAAAAGACAAUAUAAUGACAUUUGUUGUCAUAAUUUAACAAAAUUGUCUUUCGAUGGCAGGACUGUAAUUACGAUUAAAAAAUACACGGAAGUGUAUUGAGACAAGUCACGGGGAAAUUAAAAAAAAUCCCCCAGUCAAAAUCUUAGUGUUCGAUGUCAAAUUAAACAUCUAGUCAAGGGGCCGCUGAGAAAUUUGUAAAUAACUAAAAGACGCGGUCUUCGAAUGGACAUUGCACAAAAUAAUUGACAAAGUAUUACAAAUACAUAAUUUAUAUCAACUUUAUAGCUUUAAGGGAACAAUCUCGCGAUACUGUAUCAAAUACAGUGUUAACAAGUGCCACUGCUAGCAAAUUAUAAGAACGUUUAUACCAACGAGUAGAUUUAGGCGACACGAUGCAGUAAGGAGAGUUUUAAAAAUCUUAACAGGCAUUUGUCUGUCAGAAUAUUGUAUCGCUUUAUUUUAUUAUAUUUAUUAUAUGAACAUAUAAUUGCUGUAAGAUUUCGGUUGUUAUUAUAAUUUUUAAAAACUUUAUAUUGCGUUAAUACUUAUUUUUAAUAUUUAGCAUUUUACAAGUUGGAAACGAACGACACAGACCAUAAAUUUAGAAAAAAAUGCGUGACGAAAACAAAAAAUGUACUUUUCUGCAAUGAAUACUGACAAAGAAUUGUAUAUUUAUAUUGAAAGUCCAGUCAAACACGUAGGGAGAAGGCACGGUUUUAAAACAUUUUCCGCGAGGAAGAACUUUAGCAGCUUAUUCAUAUUUUUUUUUUUUUUUUUUUGUAAAGUCCUCAUCGUAACUCUUUCAAUAUUACAAAUGUAAACACUUCUUUACUGAAGAGCUGCUAUUUGAAAUGAAAUUUGUGUUUUCAACUUGGGGCGCAAUACUGUUUUAACGCGGCUCUGUCCUUAAUUUUAAUACGAGUUACAUAGUUUUACAUAUUCUAAUAUUGCCAAAAAUAACGGACUUUACGCCUUACAUUAAUCGUUUUAGAUUCCUUUGGUAAUUCCUUCGGAAAUCGUGUUUGGUGUUUACGAAACUUUAAAAACAUUCGCUUUUCUAGCUGACAGGCCAUAAAACAUGGUAAAACAAAUAGAGAUCGGAUAGUCCUAGCGUGAUAGUCUUUGUGGUUUGACUGAGCUUAUAUUUAGGGAUGAGUCUCAUUAGAGCGGCUCCAUCCGUGCUGCAUGUACGAGUAUUAUAACGCCAAGUGUUAUAAAAUCAGGUAACGCGUGCGCACAAUAACAAUAACCUUUGUGUCGAUGGAGUGAGAGCUAACAAAACACGGAUCUAUACACUGUGUUAUCAGUUGUUUCAUAAAUAAAUUCACUUCCUGUGCCCCGGUCCGUGCCACGUCAGACGCCCCGGGCACGGCUUGUUCUAAUGAGACUCGCCCCUUAGAAUACUGUUAAAUUAUUUUUCAAUUAAACCGUAUGAUACAUGUUCCGUCCCCACGCACUGUUGCAUUUGAACCAGACUGAAAAUUGCUUACCCUUUAUAGUGCAACUAGAUCAACUGAAAUAUACGAAAUGUCACUUUUUAAAAAAAACACCGGUUAUCAUGACGUUAGACUUACUUAGUUACUUUUAGCGCAUAAAUAUAUUUAUAUUAAACAAUAUAUAUAUAUCUUACGUUGAUAUUUCGCACGAAUUCUGUUUAUUAUAAGUUACUAGACAAAGCAAAUUCUUGACAAGAUUAUAAAAUUUGAAUAACUUGUAAACACAAAUUAAAACAUCGUAAUUAAUUGAUAUACAUAGUUGGUAGCGAAUAUUUCUCAGGUCUGUAUAACUUCGCAUUAUAUUCCGAUUAAUAUGAAAAAAAGUAACGGAAAAAAUGCUAUUGAAUUAAAAUAUUAAUUUGUAUGAAAAAAGAUCUAUUUCACGUAUGAUUACUUUUCGAUUAAUCGACAUCAAUUCCAGUAAAAAAUAUAUAAUAUACAUAUCAAAACACGGGAUUUGUGUUCUAUGACCACUAUAUUGAAAGUGUAAUAACCAGUUUUAUAAAUUAUAAAAUGGAUCCCGUAUUAUUAUUUACGUCAAAACAUACUUAUUUAAUUUUACUUAAUUAUUUUUAAAAGACGUUUCAAAUAAUUGAGAUACUAUAUUACUUAAGAUUUAAAUGUUAAUAAAACAGAAAUCUCAAAACAGAGUCACGCACAAACAUUGUAAUUUAAGAGUAAAGAUGCAGACACUCAAACAUGCCUUUAAGCAAAUUGAUCAAUAUUGUUGCUAAUUCAAACUAGAUCCAUAGUAUUUUCAACUUUAGAUAUUAAAAUCCCUAAUAGAAGGGCUAAUAUAAAAUAUAUGAUGCUUCAAACCCUUAGUAGUAAGAACUCCUUAGAUUAGAACUUGUUAUUCACAAAAAUAUAUAAUAUUAUAAAAGAAUCUUAAAAAUAAUUUCCUUAAAAUAUUUUUAUGACAUUUAUAAGAAGUUCGACGUGAGUGAACUCAUAUUAUGUAAGGCAACGAAGAGACUUACCAACAACAUUCCCUGAGACUGAGAAACGAAUAGAAGAGGCUAAGAGAUCAAAUUACAACUUAAAAUAACAAAAUAAUCGUAAGAGGUAAAACUAUAUUGAAUCAAAACUAAUGAAAAUAAUGUAUUUAAUUUAUAUUGUGAUAAAGCGAAUACAACCAGUCUUAAAACUGGGCAUCAUUCCCGCCUCUUAAAUAUCGCUUUCUUUAUGUUUAACUUUGUCCUAAUGAAUAUUACAAAUGCUUACAUUUUCGGUUAAAAUUUCACCAGGUUAAACUUGCUUCUCAUUAAAAUAGCGACUGCUUUUUAACUGCAGAACACAUUUUCAAUACAAAUGUUCUUUUUUUUUUUAAUUUAUUACCAUUUCCUAUAUCUGAAAUUGUUCCAAUAUAUAAACUGUAUUUGUGAUAUUCUUUAGGACAGAGUAAGAAGAACAGUUUUUACCACCUAAGACUUCAAUAAGGCUGUGAAUCCACUCGAAUUCGGUUUGGCUAUUGUUGUGGCAAAGAUAUCAUCUGUGUUAGAAAAUCGAACGAAUUUAUAUCAUAUAAAAGGACGAUACUUCCUACAAUUGCAAAAAUAAACAACUAUUUAAAUUUAUAUUAUUAAAUACUAGUCCUUGUGAUGAAAGAAUGUUGUUCGUCCAUAAUUUAAUUUUAUUAUUCAGAAAAAAGAAAUUAUGAACGAAUAAAUUAGUACUUGGUUGAACCGAAUUGCCUAGAAUUAGACCAAAAUCGUUGUACUUAUCCAUCUUAAUAGUGAUAAAUAAAGGGAAUGGGAAAAAGAGAAAAUCUUCUCUUGAGUGAUAAGUUAGAACAACUGUGUGAGUAAUGGUCCACUUAAAAAUCUUUUUAUUAUUUAUCAUUUAAGUAAAAAAAUCUACUUAUAGAAUGAAGGUUAGUGUAAGUGGACCUUAAUAUUUAUGAAACUUUUUGAGAGUUUAUUUGCGUUUUAAGAUCUGAAUAAAUUUUAUUUUUUAAAUGUUAUCAAAAAUAAAACUUUUGUUUGAGUGUUGUGCCCAUUUCUUAUUAUUAGCGGCAAUGAUAAUAUUCUUGUGUAAAGAGCAUUAUUAAACUAUAUAUAUUUAUAUUAGUAGUUGUUUGUCAGACAGUCCACUCAGAAGUGUAAUAGCAUGUAGCUUUUGCAUUAUAGAUUCAUUUAAAAUCGUUAUAGUGUCAUCAUUUUUGUGUACAAUAUUCUUGCCUUGGAUACUCUAAAUGUAUUAGUGAAAAAUACAUGUGUUUUUAAAUAUUCAAAUUUUGAAAUUCGCUAUUAAAAUAUUGUUUCCCUCAACUAUCUUUAUUGUUUCUCAUUAUAAAAUAUUGUACUAGAGAUUUAUAAAUGUUUAACUAUAAAUAUAUAUUGAUUGAUGUGUUGAUUCACGAUUAAAUUUCCUUUGAAUUCUAUUUUCCUUAAAAAUUAAUAGAAUAUUGAUAUCUGAAUAUAAUACAAAUAAAUAUGAUUUUCUAAAUUAAUCAAUAUUUAGGCCGACAAUUCGUUUUUUUCGAA